AAUAUUAUAUCACUACAGAUAUGCGCCACUGGGAGAAGAAACAUGAGUUUUUGUCUGAUUUUGUAGAAGUCAAAUUCGUGGAUUUGUUGUAGCAUUAAAAAAACUAUUUCGUUACUUUCAGAGAGCAACGCUUUGUAAUCGGUCACAGAAUCCUUUUACAAAUAGUAUUAAUAACUUGCUCCUCUAAAAAAAAAGUGCAUUAAUUCCUGAAAUGCUUUUUUAAUGGUUGGCACUUGCAACUCCAGUAUUCUUGCUUUCCCCAGAAAUUUUGCUUGUGUUCAAGAUAACAUAAAGGUCUCCAGAGACCGGACAUUUGAAGAGCGCAGGGGUAUUAUGCAAAUAAAUGCUAAACAUACUGAACAUUGUACCAGGAAGUUGCACUAAAAACUCCCAAACCAAUUCUGAAAACCAAGUUCCUCAUUCUGUGUGCUGGAUGUUAACAGCAGAAAUUAAAACUGGACUUCAUUUUUCAGAAGAAUAAAUGUGUAAACAGUACGCGUGAAAUUCGAAAAAUAGUUGAUCUGCGACAAUUUAAAGGCGCCAAUUACUGGACAGAACAAGGAUCUAUAAUUUACAAAAAAAAUAUGGGAUGUAAAAAAUCCAAGCUGACAGGCCCGGAGACUGGUGGUGGACUUGUGAAGAAAAACCAAUCAGUACGUACUGAACGAACUAUAUAUGUGAGAGAUCCAACCUCCAAUAAACAACAUGCGAUAAAUUCUUCAAACCGAGAUAGUCGCCUACUGCCUGGCCAAGUAUUUCAAAAACUUGAAGAGCAACAGGAGACAGGGAAGAUAGUGGUUGCACUGUACCCAUAUGAAGCUAUUCAUCAGGAUGACUUGGGAUUCAAGAAGGGAGAAAAACUUAAAGUGCUUGAGGAACAUGGGGAAUGGUGGAAGGCAAAGUCUCUCACAAGCAGGAAAGAGGGAUUUAUUCCCUCAAACUAUGUUGCACAAGUCAACACCAUGGAAACUGAGGAAUGGUUCUUCAAAGAAAUCACAAGAAAAGAUGCUGAGAGACAGCUUCUAGCACCAGCAAAUAAACUGGGAUAUUUUCUCAUCCGAGAAAGUGAAACUUCAAAAGGGAGUUACUCUCUAUCAAUUAGAGAUAUUGAUGCCCAGGGUGCAGAUGCAGUUAAACAUUACAAGAUACGGACUCUGGAUAAUGGAGGUUACUACAUCUCUCCCAAAAUUACAUUCCCUGACAUCACAAGCAUGAUAAAGCAUUAUCAGAAACAAGCUGAUGGCCUCUGCAGAAAGCUGGACAAGCCUUGUGUUAAACCCAAAGCACAGAAACCUUGGGAUAAAGAUGCCUGGGAGAUCUCGAAGGAGUCUAUAAAGAUGGUGAAGAAACUGGGAGCAGGGCAGUUUGGGGAAGUGUGGAUGGCCUACUACAACAACACAACAAAAGUAGCAGUGAAAACCUUAAAGCCCGGGACCAUGUCGGUAGAAGCAUUCCUUGAAGAAGCCAACCUCAUGAAAACACUUCAGCAUGACAGAUUAGUCCGACUUUAUGCAGUCGUCACAAAGAUCGAGCCCAUUUAUAUCAUAACUGAAUUCAUGGCCAAUGGCAGCUUGCUAGAUUUUUUAAAAAGUGAAGCUGGAAAUAAAGUACAGCUACCGAAGCUCAUAGAUUUUUCUGCUCAGAUCGCUGAAGGGAUGGCAUACAUUGAAAAAAAGAAUUAUAUCCACCGGGAUCUCAGAGCAGCAAAUGUGCUUGUUUCUGAGAGUCUGCUGUGCAAAAUUGCUGACUUUGGCUUAGCACGUGUUAUUGAGGAUGACCAGUAUACAGCAAGGGAAGGCGCCAAGUUCCCAAUCAAGUGGACUGCACCUGAGGCCAUUAACUAUGGAUCAUUCACUAUUAAAUCAGACAUGUGGUCCUUUGGAAUCCUCCUGUAUGAAAUCAUCACAUAUGGAAAAAUUCCCUAUCCAGGAAUGAGCAACAGUGAUGUAAUGACUUCCAUCCAGCGUGGAUAUCGAAUGCCUCAGCCUGAAGACUGUCCGAAAGAGCUCUAUGCCAUAAUGUCUUCCUGUUGGAAGACUAAACCCGAAGACAGGCCAACGUUUGACUACAUGCAGAGUGUACUGGAUGAUUUCUACACAGCAACCGAAGGGCAAUACCAGCAACAGCCUUAAAGUGAUUGAGCUUUACUCUGCGGUUUCUGAUGUUUAAUGGUCUGGCUACAGCCACGAAUGGGAGAAGUGACUUUCAGUGAUGCAGCAGGCUCACAGUGACAGCCCUGGCAGUCAAUCUAAUGCUUACUUGAAGCAUUUUUUUUGAAAAAAAAGAGGCUGGUUUUCCUACUUCAAAUUGAAGUUAAUUUAACAUGAAUUUCCUUGUUCAAGUUGUAUUUUACACCAAGUUAAGACUAUGAAGCCUGUGCCUUUUUUUUACAUUUCAUUCCUACAGAGACAACUGGGCCCUCAACACUGUUAUAAAAAAAAGUUUAAGGACAGCUAGAAGGUCAAACAACUUUAAGAUUGAGUGGCAAAAAGUUUAUCAUUCAUCUGUCUUGCGGUCUACAUUUGUGAUAUUAUGCAACAGCUGAGGCCUAUUGUUUUAAGCACAACAGAGAUAAUGUCUACAUUUGCACCCGAAUCAUGUAAAGCAUGGCUAUUGACUAAUUUUUUUUUAAAUAUAGCAUACUCCAAUAAUUAGCUACUAAGGUAAAUUCGAAUACUGUACUACCAAGAAAAACUCCCAAAGGGUCUUACCAUACUUUAGUGGACCUAAUAAUAAUCCCAGAACAAAAGUUUUUUGGACCACUUGAAAGAUAAACAUCCUGCCCGGAGAGAAGAAAGUUGUCCGUCUGUACAACUAAUCUGUGAUGUGAUGUCUUAUGUCCACAUUAAUUCACCAGCUGUGUUUCAGAAGCCGGAGAACCUUUAGAUACUAAUUAGAUAAGGAACCAUUGAAUUGGAAUGUACGACAUAAGCAGCAAGUCAAAACCCCCUUAUGUCACAAUUAGCCCACUACAGUUUUCUGAAAUAGAGCAAAAAUACACCUGAGAGAGCUUUUUGAUUUAGGACUUGUAUACUGUAACCCACUAGGCUGGCACAGUAUCCUCCAAUAUACAGUAGCAAUGGUAUGUACAGUAACUUCCUCUUGGAGCGCAUUAAAGACAGGUGACUUUCUAUUUAAUUUUAUACUGCUGUUAAAAGUUGCCUUGGACUCACAUUUCCGACUACCACAUAAGCAGAGAUUGCCAACCUAAUAAAGUUUGCUUAAUCUGCCUUGUUUUAACAAUUGUAGAUUCCAGUUUGUACUAAAAUUACUCAUGUUAUCAAGUUUGUCAUUCUAUAAAUAUGCAUGUAAAUAUUGUGAUUUUUUACUUUAAAAUGAAGAGCUAAAUGUAAUAUGCACACAGUAUAAAGAACUCAAAAAUAUUUCAAUAAAGAGGCUUUUUUUAA